AUGGCUCGGAGAGGCAAAGUUUUCACUCGGUGGUGGCCUACUACAACACCCAUCAACCACAGGCAGGCCCAUUCUACCACCCCAUUUGGGGGAAUUUUGAUUUCUGCCUGCAACAAAGUAUCUCACCGAGUCACCUCCAGUGGCAACAAUAGCUUGGGGCAAUGGGCGUGGAUCCAACUUCAUGGCCAAACACAAGGCGUUGGCCAGCAAGACUUGGUGGUCAUCUCUGCCUACCAACCUAACCCACCAAAUGACGGGCAACAAACAGUGUGGUUCAAACACAAGGCCCAUUUUGGCCGCACCAACCGCAAUGCUGAACCCAGGGAAGUUUUCAUCAAGGACCUCUUGAUGGCAAUCAGCAAAUGUCGCAACAACGGCUGUUCCAUCAUCUUGGGCAUUGAUGCCAACGGUGACUUGUCCUCCUUCUCCCAGAAGUCUUUCCGUUUUUGGAUGAGUGAAGUAGGACUGAUCAAGGCAAUCCAGUCCAAACACCCAGGGUCCCAUCAGGCCACUUACAAGUGGAAUCUCUGUGGGUAUCUAAUUGACUGUAUCUUUGCAACGCCGUACAUGCCCAUCCUGGCCGCCGGUUACUACCCUUUUGACAAACACAUUGCCUCCGACCACUGCCGCCUGUGGAUCGACUUUGACUUGAACCGUCUCCUUGGUGGUCACAAACCUACGAAGUCCACACAUGUUCCACACCGUCUGGUGCUGCAUAACAAGCGGGUGGUCCAACGUUCUUACGUCCAAUUGGCAGAGCAAGGUUACAGGCGGUACAAUAUUCUGGGUUGUCUCUCUACCCUUGGCUUUGACGUCGCCCAACAGCAGGGUGGCAUCACCAAAUCCCAAGCGGUCAGAUUUGAUCAAAUACAUGCAGAUGCCUACACACUUUGA